GUUAAACCCGGAAGAAGGAAGCCCGAAAUUAUUGUGGUCGAUCUUUCAUCAAGCCAGUACAGCCUGAGCUACAUACUGAAUGCAUACUAAAAACAAACACUUCAUCAACUUUUACACGAGAAUUGCAAGUGGUUCUGCAUCCGUCGUGCAAGUAGUCUCGUCUGCCGGAAAAUGUCGUCUGGCAGGGAAGGAUCCUGGGCCUUUGCUGUAGCCGCAGUAGCGACCGUGUUUCUGCUGGAUGUUGUUGGCUUUGCACAGGCGAAGAACUUUGAGGAUGUUCGCUGCAAGUGCAUCUGCCCGCCGUACAGAAACAUCACUGGCCACAUAUACAACAGAAAUGUCUCCCAGAAGGAUUGUAACUGCCUCCAUGUAGUGGAGCCCAUGCCGGUGCCCGGCCAUGAUGUGGAGGCUUACUGCCUAUUGUGUGAGUGCAAGUACGAGGAGCGAAGUAGCAACACUAUCAAGGUAACCAUCAUCAUUUACCUGUCUGUUGUUGGUGCACUGCUGCUCUACAUGCUGUUCCUGCUGCUAGUCGACCCUCUGAUUCGCAAACAUGACCCGUACACCCAGCCACUGCACAAUGAGGAUGACUCUGAGGAGAUGCGUCCUCAGCCAGACAACGCCCUGGCCAGAGGAAACACGGUGCUGGAGCGAGUUGAGGGAGCACAGCAGCGCUGGAAAAAGCAGGUCCAGGAACAGCGCAAGACUGUUUUUGACCGCCACAAGAUGCUUAGUUAAAGCCUGCAGCUGACCUCAAACCAGGUUUAGAGUGGGUAACUUCCCUGGUUUCAUUGCAAUUACACUGUCACCAGCUGCACUUCACUAACCUUCUUGUCAUUGCUGUGCACUGCACCCUCUGAUUAAGUAUUUCCACAAUAAGAAACAUUUACAUACUGAUCUAACAAGCAGAUAUGUUUUAUGUAUUAUAUAUAAGACUUCCAGCUAAGUUGCAGUCGUGAAAAAAACUGCAUGUUUUCGCACUCUUAACUGCUAGAAAUCAUAUCGAUCAUUUCAGCAAUCUGCAAUGCAACAGAAUUUGAAUGUCUUUAUGAUGUGAGAAUCUUUUUUUAGUCAGACUGUGAAUAUCUUUUAAGCUUACUCACAAUAAUUUCCUUGUUAGCCUCCUGCUAAAUUGGUAUAAUAUUCAGUAGUUUUUCUUGUACCUUAAUUUAUUAAUUACCUUGGGACAUGUAAACUUAAGUAUGAACAGUCAAUUUAGCUAUUUGGGAUGGAAAUAGUACCCUACCUGUGCCAUUAUAUCAAACAUUACAUUACAAGCAUUGCACAUUUUCUAGUUUAGCACUAAUAAUGAUUUAUUUGUGAUAAUUAUUUCCAUUAUUUAGAUUAUUUCCUUUUUAUUUAUUCGGAGGAGUUUCACUGAGGACAUGGCUCUCUUUUUCAGAAACACCCUGAUCACAUUCACAUAGUUACACACAUUCACACCUGGAAGUACAAGUACAACCACAGUAUGAUCUGUGGGCAGCUCCACUGGAGCAGCCUGGGUGAAGGGUCUUGCUUAGUCACCUAAGUGGUGGUAAUGAGGGAGGUCCGGUGGAGGGAAUCGAUGACCUUUCAGUUCAGAAGAUCUCUAACCUUCAGGCCACCACUGCUCAGCAAGCUGUGAGUAGGAACUUGGGUGUGAGUAAUAUGAUUUGCACUAAUAGAGUAAUUAAAGGACUGUACAUUUUGAGCUUUGUGAUUUUAAAGGUUUGACAUUGCUACCUUUUCAAACAGCCCCAGUAGGUGCCUUUUUCUCUUCCUCUCUUUGUGUGGGUGACUGCGUUACAGCAAACUCUGUUGCAAAACUCGGCUCAUAAAUGUUAACCAUUCACAGCUUGUUCAACACAACAGAUAGUUACAGUAAGGUCUACCAAUAAAGUAUGGCGAGUGUAUCUUCCAAGUAGUAGCUGUAAAUCAAAUUAAAUCUUCUAUCUUGAAGUUACCAGUGGAACCUGGAUCAGUUAGGCACAAGGCCACAUUUGUGUCCUGAAUUUUGCAGUUUGACAGAACAUGCUAUCUCAUGCAAAGAGAGAAACGGAGAACGGGCAUUUAACAGAGCUCAAAAGCCAUCCUCAGCUGAAUCAAAUCUCUGCCGCUGGAAAAUGUCCUAAAUCGGUAAAGCUGCCAAUAAUGCGGUUAAGUGUGGCAGAAUCAGGGUGCCUUGUGUGCAUCAUUAUGUGUCAGUGGAUUCCCGCUCACAUCCUGCUACUGAAGCUCCUUGUUGGGGAAUUUUUAAUGUGACACAGAAAGGCACACUGACUCCCAUUACCUUAUGCACGAUGCGAACUACUAAAGUUUAUUUGUCUGUAAUGGUUUGUUUUAUCACUGAAGUGUUUUUGAUUGAAGUAUAAUUUGAUAUUACUGUUAUCAGUGUUUUGCUCUUCUAUUUAUCUCCAGCCUAACUGGAGUAUUGCUCUGCUCAAGUCUAUACAUUCAGCUUGAUGUGAAAUAAAAAAUUACUCUGAGUGCAAGAUUAUUAUUUUUUUCAUUCAUCCUGACGUUCUGG